UUGACCAAUCACCAGUCGGCUGUGGUCGCCUGCCGAUGACGCGAUUCAAGCAUGUCGGUGAGCGGAGGAUGUUGAGGCUCCUCUCCAGAGUCUUUGUAUCUACGCAAACUCAAAGAAGCCCAAAAGCUGCCGCUGUGCACCGGAGCCUCUGCUCUGCAGCCUCAGCGUGCUCUGGCUUUGCUGUGAAGCCCACAAUGGAGCCUAAACUGUACCGACCCCCACCAGAGGUCCGGGGUAUGACCACUCUGGACAAAGACGCUUUCACACAGACCGUCACUGUCCCAGCGCUACGGGUGCCUACUGGGGUCUUAAAUAAAGUAGUGAAGAGCCUGAGAAAGUCGACCAUCCAGCGCCCAGGGGUGCCCAGAGUGGUACAAGAUAAAGAGGAGAGUAGUGACUUUCGUUUAGUCCUGUUGGACCCCCACAAUGUGUCCUCGCCAAGCUCCUUCAGUGAAGCUGAAGCCGAGGCUCUGAGGUCAUUUGGUGUCACCGAGGAGCUGCAGUACUACGACCUGCGGCUCACCUAUCACAACCUGAAGAGCGAAGAAGUGCUGGAGGCUGUGCUCCCUCAGGGUCAGGAUGUGACCUCUGGGUUCAGCCGGGUGGGACACAUCGCACACAUGAACCUGAGGGACCACCAGCUCCCAUACAAGCACCUCAUAGGUCAAGUCAUCAUUGACAAAAACCCUGGUGUUACCUGUGUGGUCAAUAAGACAAACAUGAUCGACUCCACUUACCGCAACUUCAAAAUGGAGGUGAUAGCUGGAGAGGAGAACAUGGUUGCCAAAGUGAAAGAAAACGGAGUGACAUACGAGUUUGAUUUUUCUCGUGUGUACUGGAAUCCCCGGCUGAGCACAGAGCAUCAGCGUGUGGUGCAGCUCAUCAAACGUGGUGACACGGUGUUUGAUGUGUUCGCUGGCGUCGGACCCUUCGCCGUACCAGCUGCCCGCUCCGGUGCCAACGUGUUGGCCAACGAUCUCAACCCCGAGUCCUACCGAUGGCUGCAGCACAACUGCAAACUCAACAAGGUGGAGAGCAAAGUCCGAACCUUCAACCUGGACGGCAGAGCGUUCAUCCAGGGGCCUGUGAAGCAGGAGCUGCCUGCGCUGCUGAGUGGGAAGGCCAGCGUUCAUGUAGUGAUGAACCUGCCAGCCUUGGCACUGGAGUUCCUGGAUGCAUUCAGAGGCCUGUUGCACCACGAGCCUUGCUGUGAUGAGAACCUACCCACAGUGCACUGCUAUAGUUUCUCUAAAGAUGACAACCCUGACAUGGAUGUGGUGAAGAGGGUUUCCCGCAGCCUUGGAUUCCCUCUUAAGAGCCGCUGUUCAGUGCAGUUUGUGCGUAAUGUAGCACCCAACAAAGAUAUGAUGUGUGUGAGAUUCACAAUCCCUAAAGAGGUCCUCUUCAGCAGUGAUCACGAACAGACAGUAAAAGGCCACAGAGCCAGUUGGAAGCUCUGGAAACAGAAUUAAAGAGAAAUCUUCAUAUCCCUGUUCUCUAUGCAUUAGAGGACUGAGAAAGUUGACCAUUGCCUUUGGCAACAAUAAACAUUUAUGAAGUUAAUCCUACAGGUAAAUGCAUUGUUCAGUUCUUUCUUUUUUUCUUGCCCCGCUAAUGUUUGCGUAUUAUAUUUUACUAGAGUAAAAGAGUAGAGAAUUUCACAAAAAAGGCAUUUAUUGUUAGUCAUUUGUCAAGUAAAAUUCUGUCUCUCAAAUUUGAGCAAUUUCUGCUUUUUUCAUCUUGUAUGAAGGUAAAUUGAAGAUCCUUGCAUUAGUCAUUGAAAACAAGUAAUUUGAAUAUUUUACCUUCAGCUCUGGGAAUGCUGUUUUGACAUUUUACUGUAAUGAUUUACGAUUAUCAGCAGAUUAGUCUCAUUAGAUAAUGAAAAUGAUCUUUUGUCGCAGCCCUAACUUAGAGUAUUCACACAGUCAGUGUUUUAAUU